GGGGAGAGAGGGGUGGAGGACACUGAGUGGAGGCCAGUGGAGGGAUUGGCAGCAGGGGGGUGGAGGACACUGAGGGGAGGUCAGUGGAGGGAUUGGCAGAGGGGGGUGGAGGACACUGAGGGGAGGUCAGUGGAGGGAUUGGCAGAGAGGGGCAGCAGUCACUGAUCGGUUGACUGAAGGGGGAUAGCCUGUGUAACGGUAGACCAGUGAGGAGG